GCUUAUUAUUGUUUGGAAAUAUGGCGUCCCCGUGCAGCCUCUCUGUUUUAUUUCCUAUCCAAAGUCAGCUAGAUUACACCCUAGAUGACGCUACGACACAGCAAGAGAAAGUCGAUCUGGUGCUCCAGUAUUUGAAAACUCUAGACCACGGAGAGGACCUGAAGAUACCCGAUUUUCAAGAAGGCUUGGAAUGGCUAAACACAGAGGGACCUCUGUCUUUAAACAAGGAGCUGGCUGGCAAAGUUGUGCUGCUGGACUUCUUCACUUACUGCUGCAUCAACUGUAUGCACAUCCUGCCUGACCUGCACCAACUGGAGAAGAAACACUCUGUUGCAGACGGUCUGGUUGUUGUUGGUGUCCACUCGGCCAAAUUCUCCAAUGAAAAGGUCCUGGACAACAUUCGCAGGGCUGUUCUCCGCUAUAACAUCUGCCACCCGGUGGUCAACGACAGCGAGGCGCAGCUGUGGCAUGACCUGGAGGUGUCCUGCUGGCCCACGCUGGUCAUCGUGGGACCACGUGGCAACCUGCUCUUCUCUCUGGUGGGUGAAGGGCAUCGAGACAGGCUGAUGCUUUAUACUGACAGCGCCCUCCAUUACUAUGGGGAACAGGGCCUGCUGAAGACUCACACAGUGGGGAUCAAACUGUACAGAGACUCCCUGCCACCCAGCAUCCUGUCUUUUCCUGGGAAGGUGGCUAUAGACAACAGCAAGAAAAGACUGGCCAUAGCAGACACUGGGCAUCACCGGAUUCUGGUGGUAUCCUCUGCUGGACACCUAUUACAUGUCAUAGGGGGACCUGAAAGUGGGAGACAAGAUGGGGACUUGUCUGAAGCUUCUUUUAACUCCCCUCAGGGUGUAGCCAUUAAAGGGGACACCGUAUACGUGGCCGACACGGAAAACCACCUGAUCCGAAAGAUUGACUUGUUAGAGGGAAGAGUCAGCACCCUAGCUGGAGUAGGUGCUCAGGGCACAGACAAAGGAGGAGGCGCCAUGGGACCUCAGCAGCCAAUCAGCUCUCCUUGGGAUGUGACUCUCGGCACUGCUGGCAGUGUUUCUGAUAAUGUGCUGUGGAUAGCCAUGGCAGGCACCCACCAGAUCUGGGCUUUGUUCCUAGCAGAUGGGAAACUGGCUAAAGGAAGCGAGUAUAAGGCGGGGGCGUGUGUGCGAUGGGCAGGCAGCGGCAGCGAGGAGAACAGAAACAACGCCUAUCCCCACAAGGCAGGCUUUGCUCAGCCUUCAGGCCUGGCUUUAGCCCCAGAGGAGCCCUGGAGCUGCCUGUACGUGGCCGAUAGCGAAAGCAGCACCAUCCGCACUCUGGCGCUGAAGGAUGGAGCUGUCAAGCUGCUGGUCGGAGGAGAGAGAGACCCACUGAACCUCUUUGCUUUCGGGGAUGUAGAUGGGAAAGGGGUGGCUGCCAAGCUGCAGCAUCCUCUCGGUGUCGCCUGGGCUCCCGAACAAAGCCUGCUCUAUGUGGCCGACUCCUACAACCACAAGAUCAAGGUAGUGGAUCCAAAGACAAAGCAGUGUAGCACACUAGCAGGGACCGGAGAGGCAGGAGAUACUCUGGGCCCAGAAUUUAGCAAAUCCUGCUUCAGUGAACCUGGAGGAAUCUGUGUCAGCGAUGGCGGGAAGCUUCUUUACGUGGCUGAUACCAACAACCACCAGGUCAAAGUGCUCGACCUCGCCUCCAAGACUGUCUCACUGUUCCUCAUUUCUACGGACUGCACGGAUUUGGUACCGACAAAGCCUUCGGGUCCUGCCAAAGCCCCUGUGCUGCCUAAAUCAGCUGCCAGGAAAGAGAUGCCUCCGGUAGCAGUGUCUGUAGGCCAGACUCUCAUCAUGUCGCUCACCCUGUCUCUUCCAGAAGGGACCAGACUCACUAAAGAGGCCCCCAGCUGCUGGGCGCUCUCAGCUGAGGGUAACGAGUGGCUGCUGGACAGGCAGGUGAUUACUGGUGACAUCCUGGACCUGUCGAAGCCACUCUCCGUCUCAGCCAAACUCCCAGCUGUUAUAAAGGAGUCGAACAGCAACCCAAGCCUCAUUCUGAGUGUGUGGGUGUAUUACUGUAUGGAAGCAGGUAAAGCUUGUAUGAUGAAAGCAGCCUCCUUCACUCAGCCUCUUCAAAUAAGUGCCAGUCCUGGAGAGAAGGAGGUCACUGUGGCAUUGGCUCAUGCCUUCUGAAAUCACUUCCAUGUCUUAAGAACCACAGAAUCCACAUUUCUCUCCGAGCUGAUCUAGCUCCAUUCCUGUUCAUAGUUCCGGAAAAACAAAACAAAAAAAACUCCAGAUUGUUUCUGACAAAGCUCUCACUUUUGACAAAACGUAUUUCUUACAAACCUGAUUUUCCAGGGAAUUUCAUUUCAAACUACUAAGAAGCCCCUUCCACAAAACCUAAUGCAUCAGUGCUGUAAUGUUCUUGACUGUGCGUGACAUUUAUUGACAGGAAUGCAAAUAGCUGCAUCUCCAGUCAUUUUAUUAAGCCUGUACAGAAAACACAACCGCAGCCUGAAAAUCUAUUUCUGGGUAUUAGCAACAAAUUCCUGUAAGGACAGGCUGCACUGGCUAAGUGCAGGGAAACUGUGUGCAUUCAGAGUUGUUGUCGUCGAGAUGAAAAGGCUCAUCUUAAAGAUGCAUUUACCCAGCCACUCUCACAAAAUUAAAUGUGCGCUGAAACCGAAAGCCUCUGUGGAUAUACUGAAAAACUACGAAAUUAUGUUUAAUUAGCAGGUGGUGACGAUGGUGUCAGUGAUGGCUUUUGUUCACGAGUAAUUACGUAGCAGGAAUACAUUUUUAAAAAAUUAGACGUUUAAUGGAGCUGAUAUGUGAUUCAGAGUGGAGGGAAAAGAUUUAUUCUGCCUUGCUUUUGAAUGCAUCAAGUUUAGAUAAAUGUUAAAAAUAUUGAAAUUCCGACAGGCUUCACUUGGGGAUAAUUAAGAUAGGAAUCUUAAUAUAGCAAACUUUUCCUUUAAUCUCAGUCCAGGGAAAGAACGUGGAAAAGGACAGAAAUGAAACUUUAUGAGAGGUUUAUGAGAAGUUAUCUAUGCAGAGACUCACAUUCUUUUAUUGUCAUGAAUAUAUUCAAUGUGUCUAGUUCCAGAUUAUUAAUUCAGAUCUUCACUUUGUACUUCUCUGAAUAAUAAAUGUCCAUGUGUAUGUGUGUGGUUGCUUUAGUUUACAGUCAGGCAGCUUGGGCGAUAGCUUCGUGCAAACGAAACAAGCUUUCAUAAACAUUUGUCUACAUACUGUACAUGUCCUCACAGCCUGGGAAGCCUGUUAAAGGUUACGCUCAAAGCUUAAGGCUGUGUUCUGUGUAUCCUCUCUCUGUAUGACUGAUUAUAAUCAAGUGCCUGUUUUCGACAUGGAGAAGCAACCUCUUGUGAACCGAUGACACCGACUGACUGCUGCCUGCUCUGCAGACUGUGGGAUAUUGUAUUAUGAAAGCAGAGGAUUAAAAUCUCUAUCUUCAUCUCUACUCCACAUAAUAAUGUGACAGAGAUGCUCUAAUGAUGAGAGACUGUAAUGCGUUGUUGUGUGAUGUAAUAUGAAAACACGGAGGUUAUUAUUGUUAUUUUCCCUUAUUGUUUUUCAAAGUUACGAGCUGUUGUCAGGAAGGAGCUUGGGAGUGUUUUGAUUAUCAUCAUGUCUCAUAAUGUAAACUGUUUGGCUCAUUCGACCAAGUGCCUCAGAAAAGUCGGGUUACUGUAUGAAUGGUGCGAACAGAUGACACUUUCACUGUAUCAAGAGCAAUAACAGUAUAUUUCUGUAAUGGGAGAAAUGUUUUGUUCGCACAAGUUAUUUAUUUCAAAUGAACUGCAGAAGUUUUGCCAGUGUGUUUUCUCAGCUCUGUUAUUCCUCUGGCAUUUUUUUUUUUAUGAAUGGUAAUGAGCUCGAGCGGCUGCUGGUGGGCAUUAAGGUCCUGAUAUUGUUUUCAGUUUAUUUCUUCUUACCGAAUCUCCUUUUCACUUGGCAUGUUUUUGGCUUGAAGGGUACCUUAUUAAUACCACCGCUUCUUAAUGCUGCACUUUAAGAUGUAACAGAGCAAGAGAAAACUAAUAAAAUAUUUUUAUCUCCUUGGUAUGUGGACUGAUUAGACCUGAAGCCCUUAACUGAGUGGCUAAUUCCUUUUUUAAUUUCUAGCAGUUGUGAAUUACGUCACUUAGCAUAACUGCAAUUAAUACAUGCUGUACGCAUGCUCUUCUACAUGUGAUAGUAUUAAAAGGUUUGUAAUGAGCUAGCUCCCUCAUAAAUAUGUUAGAGUACCAAGUUAUGUGUGAGCUGACGUCAGAGGAGAGACUUUGCAAUUACAACAUGCCUCUUGUUUGCCUCAUUCUUUU